AUGUGCCUUUUAUGCAACAAAGUUUUGGGCAAUGACGCUAUGAAACCAUCUAAACUGCAAAAUCAUCUGAGAAGAUGCCACCCUGAUAAAACAGAGAAAGAUUUGAAAUACUUUCAAACACUCAAAGAUAAAUUUCAGAAGAGACCUACACUGGACAGAAUGUUCGCUUCGACGUCACAAAGAAAUGAUGAUGGUUUGCGGGCGUCUUACAAUAUCUCGUUACUUAUAGCAAAAUCCGGAAAACCGCAUACUAUCGGAGAGAAGUUAAUUUUGCCAGCCGUUGAAGAGGUUUCAAAAACUGUUUUACACAAACCUGCAUCUGAUAUCAUUAAAAGAAUUCCCUUAAGCAACAAUACUGUUGAAAGACAUAUUGAUGAAAUGAGUUCUGAUAUUGAAAGCUUCUUAUGUAAUUAUUUGCAAACGAUCCAUUUCUCUAUACAACUGGACGAGUCAACUUUACCUGAUAAUGCAGCAUUAUUAUUGGCAUAUGUUCGUUUUAUUAUGAAUCAAGAAAUCUACGAAGAACUGCUCUUUGAUAACCUACACUAA